AUGACCUCCAUGAUCCCCGAAACCUUGAACCCCGCGACGCUCCUCAGCAAGCGCCACAAGCCCGACCAGAUCCCGGACCUAUCGGGUCGCGUCGCGCUCGUCACCGGGGGGUCCGCCGGCAUCGGUUACUGGGACGUCGCCGCGCUCGCGAAGAAAAACGCGACGGUUCACUUCGUCUCCGCCAACGCCGAGCACGGGCAGCAAGCGGAGAAGGAGAUCAAUGAGGAGCUGAAGAAGAGCGGCUCGCACGGUUCGGUGGUGUACCACCAGCUCGACAUGAGCCAGCUGCGCAGUGUGGACGACUGGUCGAAGAAGUUCGCCCGGCAGGAGGGUCGUCUGGACAUCUUGAUAGCCAACGCGGGGAUCGGGCAGGCGCCAUAUGGGUUGACAGAGGAUGGGAUCGAGAGGCACUUCGAGGUUAACAACCUUUCGCAUUGGGUCAUGGUCCUCCGGCUGCUCGAGGUGAUGAAGAGGACAGCUUCCGAUGCCACGCCGGCUUCCGUGCGAAUCGUCUUGCAGAGUUCGGAGAUGCACAGGAUCUCCCCCAUGAACACCAAGUUUGCGUCGAAGGCGGAGAUCAACGAGCAAGGCGAUGGUGCGCAGCUCUACGGGCGCACCAAGUUGGGCUUCAUCCUCUUCGCCCAGGAGCUCGUUCGUCGGAAGCUGACGGACGUUAAGAAGCCCAUACUCGCUAUCUCCGUCCAUCCCGGCGUGGUUGACACCGAAGUACAGAAAGCGUGGGUCGAGUCAUACGGCGCCCUCGGGAAGAUCGUUGAAAAGCUCAGCCGGAUGGGAGGCAAGAGCGCAGAGGAGGGCGCCGAGGCGAGCCUGUGGGCCGCGACCUGGUCGAACAUCAACCAUGACAAUUGGAGGGACUAUCAGGGCAAGUAUUUCACGGAGCCGUACGGAAAACCGGACACAGAGAGUAAGCAAGCCCAGGAUCGAGAACUUGCCAACAAUUUCUGGGACCUUUGCUCCAAACUCUCAAGCGAGAUUCUCGGUGAGCGCGUGGAGUAG